AUGGCGGCCAGCAACCUCGGCCAGAUGCAAAAGGGGCUCGUCGCCCUGGCAGGCGUGGCGGCUUUGGCCACACUGUUGGCUUCCAGACAGCGUCAGAGAAACCAGGCGAAUCAGCCAUGGCUCGACGGUCCAUCCAAGACUUUUCUGCCUGAGCUCUCGGCCACAGAGGCCGAGGCACUGCCAUACCCGCCGGAUGCUCUACCCGGCAGGAGAGACGUCCCAACGCCAUACGGCGUCGUUCGCGUCUUUGAAUGGGGUCCUGAGGAUGGCGAGCGUGUGCUAUUCCUGCACGGUAUCGGCACUCCCUGCGUUGCGCUCGGCGGUAUGGCGGCUGAGCUGGUCGAAAUAGGAAAAUGCCGGGUAAUGCUGUUCGACUUGUUUGGCCGAGGCUACUCAGACGCACCGUCGGAUCUGCCCUACGACAUGCGCCUGUAUACAACGCAGAUACUACUAGUCCUGGCCUCGUCCCACCUCCCCUGGACAGGUGACGAGGGCUUCCACCUGGUCGGUUACUCCCUCGGCGGCGGCAUCUCGGUGCCCUUUGCAACCUACUUCCCGCACAUGGUGCGCUCGCUCAUCCUCGUCGCUGGAGGUGGACUCAUCCGCGAGAGCCACGUCGGAUGGCGGGGCAAGCUGCUCUACUCAUCUGGGUGGUUUCCAGAAGGGCUACUGCAGCGGCUCGUCAAGUCCAGAUUGACACCGCAGGCACAUGGGACGACCGACGAGCAGCAAGGUAGUCUGUUGAAAGAGGAAGUGGACAUUGAAGCCGCCGAGGCACCGCCGCAAGACCUCGGAGUCAAGCCGCAAGGCAACAGCGACGCCAGCGGCGGUGAGUCGUUCGACAGGGCCGUGCUGCCCGGCGGCGCGACCGUCUCAUCGGUCAUGAGCUGGCAGCUGCGACACCACUCGGGCUUCGUGUCGGCGUUCAUGAGCACCAUACGGCACGCGCCCAUCUACGAGGAGUGGGGGCACUGGCGGCGGUUGGGGUCGCUGCUAGCCGAGCGGAGAGUGGCCGAAGGAUCGACGCCGCGGGGGUUGGUGGGAGGCAAGGUGCUGUUGGUCCUCGGCCGGACUGACCCCGUGAUUGUCAAGGAGGAGCUCGUACACGAUGCGACCGAAGCUUUGGGGCAAGAUGGGUUUGAAGCUGCUGUGCUCGAGGCAGGUCAUGAGAUUGCGCUGACCAAGGGUCGCGAAAUAGCUAGAACGGUCAGUCGUUUCUGGGAGGAUACCAGGGCAACUGAUGCUAUAGACUUGGCCUUGUCUGAGAACCGCGGAUAG